CAAUUACUUUUGGAAAGACAUGAAGUCAUUUACGCGUGAAGAAGUGGAGAUACGCUUCAAUAGUGAUGACGAAUCUGAAAUGGAAGAAACCAAGAAUGAUUUCUCAGAAGGAAGAGAAAGAAGUUUAGAUUCGUCGGAUGAUAACCGAAUUGACCGUGCACUUGACAUAGAUGUCCCUGCAGAUGAUGUCCCUUCAGACCUGACAGGGCCCUCGUGCCCUCCUCCAGCGCCAAGGCAGACAAGGGCCAGACGGAGUGUGAGGAUAGCAGUCAAGAAGAGAGCACCCACACCAUCGCUGCCUGCAGAUGACGUCCCUUCAGGCCUGCCAGGGCCCUCGUGCCCUCCUCCAGCGCCAAGGCAGACAAGGGCCAGACGGAGUGUGAGGAUAGCAGUCAAGAAGAGAGCACCCACAUCAAAGAGGAGCACUCCUGCCCCACUGGUGGACAGAUGGCAUGACGGUUCGGAGGAGGAUGUGUGCCCCCCACCGUUUCCAUUCUGCCCUAAGAGGACACCUGGACCGCGGCUGGAUUUCCAGGCUUCUCAGGCAGCUGUUGGGGGAGCCACGGCUUCUGAGUCAGCAGCUGUCGGGGGAGCCACGGCUUCUCUGCCACCAGAGCCAGAGAGGCGGCCACUGUCAUGUGUCCCAGUAAUAGUCUGUGAACUCUCCGAUGAUCCGAGCCUGAAAGCCACCAAGGGGAGGAGGAGGUGCAAACUCUGCCAGGCCCUCACUAUGUGGCUAUGCAGGGCUUGUAAAGUGCCUCUGUGCAUAAUCCCAGGGCGCUGUUGCUACACAUUGUGGCAUGAUGCCAAAAGCAGUCAGCGUGUCUGAUUUUUUUUUUUUUUAUACUUUUAUUUGUAUUUUUUUUAUAUACAUAUUUGUAAAUAAAUCUUUUUUUGUGUACUUUUUUGUAAAUAGUUCAUUUUCCUUUGCCUCCUAAAAUCCAACCCCUCAUCCACGUUGUAGGAGGUGGUAACAGCACAUUACAUGUCAGGCAUUUGCAAUUGUUCUGGCUAACGGGGCUCUAGUGUGGACAUUUUAUUCAUU